AUGUCUCGCUUCAAAGACAACCACGGCGCCAGCCUGGAGGCUGCGCUCGAGCACGCCGCCGACGACGCCUACACUGCACUUGACAACGAGCCCCUCGACGAGGAUGCUGCCUGGCUCAGAGAACAGAGAAUCACCAACAAGUCGCUUCAUUGGCUCAAGCGCCCGCUGAUUGUGCUCCUUGGAUUGUGUAUUUGGCUUGCGUCCGCCUCCCACGCGUGUGGCGAAGGAACCAGGCAGGCGUUGACGUUCAAAUUGGCGUGCAAUGCCAAGGCCCAGGAAUCUGGCGCUUGUGAUCUGACAGAAACGCAAUUGCUCGUGUCGAAGCUCCAGCAGUACUACGGCGUGUGUUCUGGGAUCAUGACGACAUUUGCGCUGGGAAAAGUGGGGCCCUUGCUGGACAAAUACGGCCGAAAGGUGUUUUUGUUGAUGGUGGUGGUGAGUCUUUUUUCAGGCAAGUUGUUGCGGUACUUGGUGAUGGCAGGGUACCUGACGUUGCAGUUCAAGACCAUGGUGUUGGCCGAGGUUUUGCAGAACAUUGGUGGAGGCAUUGUGUGCUACGUGACGUUGGCGGCGUGCUACGUGAGCGAUAUUGCCGAGUUGCACCAGAGAACGUACUAUUUGGGCAUCAACAUGGCGGCGUUGUUUUUGGGCUUCUCCAUUGGGCCUUUGGUGGGCAACGGGUUGCUUGAGCUCGGCAAGAAGUGGAACCCAGACAGCUCUUCGGCUCCGGGUGGUGCUCCUGCUCCUCCUUCGCCGGCGGAAUUGGCCAAUUCCAUCACCCCAGGCGAGUAUCUCCCUAUGAAGGUGGAGCUUGGGCUUUUUUUCGUCUUGAUGCUUCUUUUGGCGUUUGUGUUACCCGAGUCUCGCUCCGAGAAGGCCCGCCACAAGUCCCAGUCGCUUUCUCGCUCGCUGCUGGUGGUUGUGGAUGAAAAUUCGUCUUGGGCCACUCGAGGCGCUGCCAUUAUUCAGAAACUCAACUUUCUCAGGCCACUCCGUAUCAUUUUUUAUCCCAAAGACGCCGUGCCGGUCUCAAGGCACCAGUCCAUCAGAGCUUACCGUACGGCGGUGGUUGCUUUGGUGUUCACCGAGUGUAUUUUGGUGCUGAUGGUGAUUCCUUUGGGAGAAGUUUUCAUUUUGUACGGCAUUUGGAGGUUCAAGUGGGGCGCAAAGGACAUUGGCCACCUCUUGGCGGUGUCUAGUACGUCUAGAGCGUUUGUGCUCAUUGUGCUCUCGCCAAUUAUCCAUCACAAGUUUUUCGAAAACUUCCUCCAGCUCAAGGUGCACCAAAAAUACCUCGACAGCGUGGAUUUUGGGAUCCUUGGUAUGUCUUUCUGGGUGGAGAUUGUUGGCUUGAUCCUCCUUUCUAUGGCCAGCUCAACACCGCUUUUUUUGGUGACGUUGGUCUUCUGUGCAUUUUCGGCGCUUGCGGGGCCUGCCCUCAAUUCUUCUAUUGUCAAGUUCUAUCCCCAGCUGUGCAUUGGCGAGGUUUUUGGCGGCAUGGCUCUUAUCAAAAAUACCCUUUCCAUCGUCAUGCCCCUCACGUUGUUGGCCUUAUACAAAUACUCCUUGAAAACAUGGCAGUACCCGCAGCUUGUGUUUUGGUUUACUGCGGCCUCGUUUGUUGCAUUCUUUUUGGCCAUUUCCUACGCCAAGUGGGUUUUGAAUCGGGAGCUCCAGUACUUGGAGUUGAUGGGCGAGUCCCUCACGCCAACGUCCUCAACCUCUUCUCUUAUUGGCACCAAUAGCAGCAACAGCAACGGCAACAGCAAUAGCAACAACAAAUCUGCUACAGCCCCAGGAACUCCUCGUUCAAAUGGCGGUGUUGAAGAGGGACAUUCACCCCAGCAUUCUCGAAACGCCAGCUUUUCCCACAGGGUUUAG